AUGUAUAUUUCAGACAUACCCAGAGCUCUUCAUGGUAAUUGCUACUAUUUAUUAAGCGGUUUUAUAACAAUCGUCACGCACGUCUUAAGCAGUCCACGAAUGCGUUUGCUGCAAACAAUAAUGGAUAUCUCUUCACAAUUGCCAUCGACGACAUAUAAGAAGUUAUCCAAACUGAUCCACACGAAAGAUAUUGUUAGUUUCCUUUUCGUCUUAGUAGUAAUGGCAAUAUGUUACAAUAAGCUGCAAUUUCACCCUUUACACCAAUUAUAUACAGUAUACCUCAGCUUAGUGGUAUUUCAAAUGGAUAUGCUAUACAUGAAUUGUGUUUGUAUAUUAAAAGCUUGUUUUAAGAGAAUCAACGAUAAUCUUGCGAAUCUUCGGGAACCCGUGAUGGAAGAUGUGCCGCAUCUAUUUAGACCGAGAUACCAUCAACAAGGAAAUCCAUUCCUACUAAUGGAACUCAAAGCUCUGGAAAAGCAGUAUCUAAUGAUCAGGAAUACAGUGCAUAUGUUGAAUUUGAUCUUCAGUUUGCAGCUUCUCUCUACGAUAAUCCUGACUAUUUGCGAGGUUACUUUCAACCUGUAUUUCUACAUUACGGAAUGCAUAAAUGAUGAUAACGACUUUAUGAGCAAAAUGCAGGAAGAUUUUUGGUACUGGUAUUUUCUGAUAUCCAUAGUAUAUCAAUUUUUUAAAAUGGCCUCGAUAAUAUGGGCCUGCGAGACUGGCAAGAAUCAAGCUCUUGAAAUCGGCACCACUAUUCAUAUCGUAUUUAAUAGCGUUGACGAUGAAAACGUGAAAGACGAGGUAAUGUAA